AUGGGUCUCAGUGGUAAGAUGGUACGCCAAACAGAGAUCAAGUCUGAUGGUGAUGUGUUUCAUGAAAUCUUCAGAACCAGACCACACCACAUAUCCAACAUCUGCCCUGAUAAAGUUCAGGGUGUUGGUCUUCAUGAAGGUGAUUGGGGAACUGUAGGCUCUAUCAUCCUCUGGAACUAUGUCCAUGAUGGAAAAGAAAAGAUUGCUAAGGAGUUGAUCGAAGCCAUAGAUGAGGAAAAGAAAUCAGUGACAUUCAAGGUAAUUGAAGGAGAUAUCAUAGAGCUGUACAAGAGCUUCAUAAUCAUUGUUCAUGUUGAUACUAAGGGUGAGAGUAACCUGGUGACGUGGACUUUCGAAUACGAGAAGCUGAAAGAGGAUGUUCCAGAUCCAGAUACAUUGAUGGACUUCUGUAUUAAUGUCACCAAAGAUAUUGAAACUCAUCAUCUCCAGAAUUAG